GAGAUUUGCAGCUUUAUAUGUCAGUAAACAUAUCUUUUCUCUGGAUGGUGAGAUUGAUGAGAUUGUGGGCCAUACAUAUUUAUUUCUAAAAGAGCAGCUUGAGCUUUCAACUAUGCCACCCUCUUCUAGUAUACUGCAUGGAACCAUAAUAGCAGAUCAGUUUAUUGCUUGCGGUAAAUCGAGAGACAUGGCUCAUGAUCUUGCUUCCCAGAUUUGGCUGGCUGUUCUUGACAAUUUAGAGGAAAAUGAGCACACUUUUCAAAUACUUAAACGUCUCGCACAAGAGGGGGAUCAGGUUUUUCUUCCAUACCCCUACUCAAGAUCAUUCAAAGUCCAAUGGAGGGUGUUUGAAAAGCUCUUCACAGAUUUUCGCGACUGCUUUGAUCAUGUAGAUUACUAUGAUGUGUUGGCUUGCGCAAAGACCAAAUUUCAGCCAAUACCAUCCACUUGGUUAGGUUACUGAUCCACCUCAAAUGCCUAUUUAUUCAGGAUUCAUGAGUAUUUGUAUACAUAUAGGGGUCACUCUUUGCUUCUGCCUUCCGUCUCAUCUUGAAGAGAAUGGCCGUCUGAAAAAUUGAAAGUCUUGUGUAACAUGCUUGAUAGGAGCAUAAAGAAACUGUUUAUUUUUGUACUGUUAAUAGUUGCAUGAUUCGAAUAUGUACCCAAAUAGAGGAGAAGAGUCGCUUGAAAUUUUUUGUUGUAUAACUACAAGAACCACGAGAAUGUAGUGCAACUUGAAAUUAUAUUUUAGCACAAAAGCAGUGAACAGGAUUCUUUUUGGGUCAAA